AUGACAAUCCCAUCUGGAAUGUCAUGGGUUCUCAAGAAGAUUAUGAAGUGCAGAGAGAUAUUUGAUAAUGGCAACAUGAUACAUGAGUAUGAAACAGAUGGGAGAUUCUCAAUUAACAAAUGCUAUCAAGCAAUCAGAGAGCCAACUCUUCAAGUUAGCUGGAAAAGGUUGGUUUGCAACAAUAGAGCUACUCCUAAAAGUCUUUUUAUCACAUGGCUGGCGGUGCUGAACAGAUUGAGUACAAAAAGCAGAUUAGCUCAAUGGAAUUUAAUUGCAGAUACUACAUGUGAGUUAUGUAACAAUGGAGAGGAGGAUAUCCAUCAUCUCUUUUUCCAGUGUGAGUAUUCAGCUGAGGUUUGGAGGAACUGUUUGAGAAUACUAAAGAUUACUAGAACUCCUGUAAGCUUUCUGGAGGAGGUUAUGAUUGCAUCAGAACAGUGCAGACGAAGACACAAGAAGAACAAGUUGUAUGGCAUGCUUUUCACUGAAGCUAUCUAUCACAUUUGGCUGCAGCGCAACCAGAAAAUUUUUGAAGGGCAGCACAAAACUACUGAACAGAUUGUUAAUGUAAUUGUGUUUAAUGUUGCUGCUAGAGUAGAUGAUAAUAUGAGGAAGUUAUUGAUUAGAUAG